AUCACCGCUGCAAAAUCGAAGCGUCUUCUCCCGUCUCCCUCGCCAUUGCCGAAUAGUUUCCCCCCUCCUCCGCCAUGACUUUCUUCUUCCGCUAUCUCCUGCAUAAUAGAAAGCUCGAAAAUUCCCGACGACCCAUUUUACUAAAACGACGAAGGAUCACUGAAGCACCGGAGUUCACAUGGGGCGAGACUUCUCGAGCAGAACAGAACCCAGAGCAAGAGGACGACAAAGCCAGCGAGGUGUCUGAACGUGUAGAGGAGGAAGAACAGGGAGACCCGUGUCUUCUCUUCCAGCUUCCGACAAGUAUUCUCGCCGAUAUACUCUCCAGGCUCUCUUUCAAGGUCGUGUGCAUCUCUCGAUGCGUGUCUAAGGUUCUGCUUUCUGUGACCUCCUCUCCUGAUUUCAUGUCGCUUCGUCUAGAUAGAUCCGAUUUCGAGAUAUUCCUUCGACCGGAUUCUCCCAUGCGUGGCUCUAGGGAUCUCCAUUUCGUGGAUUUGCAUGGACUUUGUGAUUCUGCUCCUCUUCGAGGAGGAACUACGGAUGUUAGAUUUAGGGUUUCUCUACCCAAGCGGCGAUUAGACAUGAAAACUCCGUUGGCAGCAGAACGCGACUAUGAUAUAGCAAACUCCUGCAAUGGAUUCAUGUGUUUACGUAAAGCUACGAUGUUUAGUUCUUGCAAGAAUCCGUGUAUUGUGUGGAACCCUUUUACAGGGGAGUUUACGUUCAUCCCGAAACCAGAGAAGGAGAACACUAUAAAAGCUUGGCCUAUUGUUUCGGGAUUGGGCUGUGGGGCGAGGAGCAAUGUCUACAAAGUUGUCCGUUUGUUUCAUGGAGUUUCUCCUUUGAGCCCAUUUGACAGAGUGGCUGAAGUGUGCACUCUUGGCAGUGAUUCUUGGAGAAGCAUUGGACAAGCUCCAUGGGACACGAUCUACGAAGGGUCUACUUAUACAGUGUAUUUGAACGGCGUUAUUCACUGGCUAAGUGAGCCAGAUGGAUCCGUUGCUAAAUUCUCUUUGUUGUGUUUUGGUUUCGAGGAGGAGAAAUUCAAUCAUCUGCCGUUGCCGCCCCAGCUACUUGAGAGGAUGGGCGAUGGUCCAGCAGAGUCUAAGGUGACAUUGGGAGCCCUCAGAGGGUGUCUCUGCGUAUCCGGGCUUGUUUUGCACCGCAUCAAGGUUUGGAUCUUGAGGGACCGCUCUGACGAAACGUCCUGGACACCACAGUUCUCGAUUUAUAACUUCAUGGGGUCCUUUUUUCGGCCUCUAAAAUGGCUAGAGAACGGGAGCUUGGUGAUGUUAUGGAGCAAGAUGUCGCUUGUUUUCUACGACCGCAUGGCCAGAACAGUUAGAGAGUUCCGGGUGAGAGGUGGUGGCUCUGUCGCAUUCCAAGCCAUUGCUCAUGUCCCAAACAUGGGUUCCCUCAGGGAUAUUGCAGGUGGACGGAAUCUGGUGGUCCACAAUGGGGAACCGAUUAGGUGGCGACCGGAAGAUGCUGAAGCAAUGUCUCUCGUGGAAGACAGAGAUGUUGGAGUGAACUGGGUUUUCGAUCUAUGGGGUUAAAGAAGAUGAUGGCUGCUUGGGCAAGUUUUUGUGCAUCGCUUUUUGGGACAUCCAAGGGUUCUUUUUGGUAAAUACGAAUCUGUCUGUCUGCGUAUUGCCGUAAUCAGUGUUAACUCUACCUACUUUAUUCAACAAAAAAAAAACUCUACCUACUUUUUUGUCAUACCCGCAUGUACGUACGCACGCAUGCAUGCAUGUGCGUGUAAGGAACUUCUCUCAAUUAUGUCAUUUCUGCCCCUCUACUUUUAUGUCAUACGCAAUUACGCCCGAUA